AUGGCGGCAGCGACUGAGUCAAAUGUUCUUCUGUCGACAUUGACGAAUACUCCACAUGAUUUGCUCCAACCUUCCCUUCCGCUGUACACGGAUGCCAUUGCAUACCUCAAAAGCAUCCUCGAUCCGCUUGCGACGGAAAUCAGCACAGAGCAACAGGACCGAUUGAAGGAGGCGCGCAAGAAGAGAAAGCGCGGAGAGGAAAUUGAAGAGCACGAUGUUCUGAGGUUGAAGAAGGUGCACGCGGAAGGAUUUGGUGUUGGGCAGGUUUGGGAGCAAGCGAAAAGGGUGAUUGAAGCCGCGCGGAGUGAGGCAGAAAGAGAAUAUGAUGCCGUCAAAGCGAAUCUGGGUGACAGGACUGAUGACGAGGACGAGGAUGAGGACGAAGAGCAGGACGAAGUCGAUGGCGAAGACGACGACCUGGGCGUAGAAGGUGUGGAUUACGAGGUUGAGGGUGAAGACGACGGGGAGGAAGAAUAUGAAGGAGAAGAUGGGGAGAUGGGCGAAAAUGAGGACGAUCUCGAUAUGGAUGGCCCACACGACUACGAUGAGAUGGCCGGAGAUGAAGAUGAGCGGACGGAGGAUGAGCCUGCACAGGAAUUUGUUGCAGAUAGGUUCGGUCUCAACGAUGGCUUCUUCUCUAUCGAUGAUUUCAACAAGCAAUCGGAGUUCUUGGAACAGCAAGACGCAAGAGGAGAGGAUGAUGGAGCUGCGAGUGAUGAAGAAGAUAUUGAUUUCGACGCUGAUCCACUCGCGCAAGCAGCGUCCGGAGCCCAGGCCAAUGGCGAUGGUGCCGAAGAAUCCCCUGAGGAGGACAACGAAGACGGUCCCACAUUCGGCGACCCCGAUGCGCCCAGUGAGGAUGAGGAUGAGGAGUUAGAAGGUGGUGAUUUGGAUGACAUGGGCGGUAUGGGUAACACGAACGAUGUCAUGUACGCCGACUUCUUCGCGCCACCUGCACAGAAGAAGAGAAAGAACAAAAAGGGUCGACCAAACCCUCAUAAUUUCCCUGAGCCAUCAACGAAUGGGAAAACUCGAGAGGAAGAGGACGACGAUAUGGAGCGGACGAUGGCUGCUGUGCAUCGCGACCUCUUCGACGAGUCUGAGGAGGAAGGAGACGAAGAAGAGGAAGGCGAGCAACUAGAUCCAUCGGACCCACGGUCUCGCAGAUCAACUCAUGAAAGACGAAAAGCUGCACUUACGGAAGAGAUCCGAAAACUCGAAGCCGCCAACGUCGCAAAGCGAGAGUGGCAACUUACUGGUGAAGCCCGUGCUGCAGAUCGACCGAUUAACUCUUUGCUCCAGGAAGAUUUGGAGUUUGAGAGAGCCGGGAAGCCUGUGCCGGUCAUCACAGCCGAAGUCAGUGAGUCAAUUGAAGAGCUUAUCAAGAGACGAAUUCUUGCACACGAAUUUGAAGAUAUCAUUCGCCGGAGACCGGAUGAUCUCGCUACCGGCAAAGAGGGGAAACGUGGAAGACUCGAUUUCGAGCUGGACGACACCAAAAGCAAGAAAGGCCUCGCUGAAGAGUACGAGGAAGAGCACUUGCGACGCACAGAUCCCAACUUUGUCGACGUCAAGGACGAGAAGCUGCAGAAAGAGCAGAAGGAGAUCGAGAAGCUGUGGAAAGAGGUGUGUGGCCAGCUCGACAGUCUAAGUUCUUGGCAUUUCAGGCCCAAACAACCUGCUCCGCAACUCGAUAUACGUGUCGAUGCGCCUGCUGUCACGAUGGAAGAUGCGCGACCUUCCGCUGGAGGCGAAGUGGCUGGCGCUAGCCAACUUGCUCCACAGGAAGUCUACAAGGGUGGUGAAGCUUCGGAUAAGAGACAGGAAGUUGUGGGUAAGAGUGGGCUGCCUGCUGGCCACGAGGAGCUCUCACGCGAGGAGAGAAAGCGGAGACGAAGACGUGAGAAGGAACGAAUUCGUAAGUCCAGUGGCAAUGACACCAGCCAAACGGAGAGUAGAGCGGCCAAAGCAAAGAAAGGGAAGGACGGCGUCAUUGCUGACCUCAAGCGCGGUGGUGUCAAGGUCAUUGGCAAGAAAGGCGCUGUCACGGAUGUGGAAGGACGAAACGUCGGAAACGAUGGAAGUGCUGGACAAGGUGCCGCCAAGUAUAAACUGUAG